AUGUUCAACCGACGGCUUCUGAUGUGUAAAUCUGAAGAUGAAUACAAUCGAGCUUCUCAAUGUGGAGAAGAAGAAGAAGAAGAGGAAGAAGAAGAUGAUGAUGAGGAUUAUGAGGAUGAAGAAGAGGAUCUGAAUCCACCACCGCCACAGCAAAGAGUUUCAACAAAUGUUCCAACAGUUGCGCAAAAUCAACCUCCUCAACAAUUUGUGAGUUCUGAAAAGAGCGUGACUUUAUUCGAAAAAUGAAACUGGAGCUUGUGAUCUUUUAGAUUUUUUUAAAUUCAAUGUUUAUCCCGGUUUUAGCUUGACCUCUACAUGUUUUUUUCAAUUUUUUUUUCAAUUUCCAAAAAUUUGAAUUUCAAAAUUUGAGCUUUCUAAAAACUUGCCCCAAUUUUCAGCCCAGAUUCCGAUGUAUCCUAUAACAAUCUAAAGAUCAUUACAGUAUGAAAGUGUUCGAACAUUUGUUCCAUCUCACAUGCACAUUUCUUGCCAUUAUGAUAUCCCGUAUCCACCACAUAUUAUUCAACCACCUGUUUUCACCUAUUCUCAACAGCCAUUUUUUUCCGGACAAUCGAAUGAUGAGGCUCUACAAGUUCAACAUCAAUCCUCGCAAUAUUGUCAAAAUUUGUUGAAAAAUGAAGGAAAACCAGACAGAGCUCCAUUUUUAUUCUUCAACAAUGAUCAGCAGGAGAUUGUUGGUGAUAUUUAUUGCACAGUUCCGGGGCGAACUUCUCUUCUGAGUUCAACCACAAAAUAUCGGGUUACUGUGGCGGAAAUUCAGCGAAGAAUUUCACCGCCAGAAUGUUUGAAUGCUUCGCUGUUGGGUGGCAUUUUGAGAAAAGCAAAAUCUAAAGAUGGCGGAAAAACAUUGAGAGAUUCCCUGAAAAAAUUGGGAUUAACUUUGCCGGCGGGAAGGAGAAAACAAGCAAAUGUAACUGCGUGGACGGCAUUGGUUGAAGGUGGAAUGAAUAAAUUCUUGAUGUAAAAUAUAAAAAAUUUAUUUUUUUUUGCAGAGGAAGCCAUUCAUAUGGCGAAAGAUUUCUCGACAGUUUGUGAAAAAGAGUUUCAUUCAAGAGAAAUUGGAAUUUAUUUAACAAAAACUGGACUUGGAAUUGAUCCAGAUGUUGUAAAACGUCGAAAUGCGUUGGAAAAUAGUCGGAAAGUUAUAAGUGAACUGACUGAUUUGCUAUCGUGUGAUCGGACACCAUUGACACCAUAUUUUCCGAGGAAUAUGGUUCCAUUGGAUCCUGGAGUUCAACAACAUUUGUCACAUUUUACGUUGGUGAGUUGGAGAGGGAAUUGUAGGUUUAAGAGCUGAUACUGAUUGGAGAUUUUGUAUAUCUCUAGACGCUGCUCCUUGACAUUUGAACGUUAUAGGUACGGCUACUUGAUAACUACUGUAGUCUUUCUAGGAUCGGUUACUUGGCAUAGAUGUUCUCAAGGCGUGACUCCUUGUGAGAGUGAAUCUCUAGGCGCUGAUUCUUGGCUAUUGAACUUCCUAGGCUACUUGGCAACCAAAGCUCGCCUGCUUUCCAUAAAAGCUUCCAAGGCAAAACUACUAUAAAUCCUUAUCAGGGUGAAUCUCUAGGCGCCGGUUCGAGACAAUCGAAUUCUUUAUGCGUGGCUACUUCAAAAAUAUGAUUUCUAGGCGUCUCGAGAACAUUUUAAAUUUUUUUCCAAGUUGCUACGUCAGAGUUUGCGUUUUUAUUAAAAAGAGAAGAAUAUUUUCCAAUUUUCAUCAAGUUUUUUUUCGCAGCUACAGUAAUCCAGCCAUUCACAAUUUUUUCUUUCUAGAUGACUCAUGGAUUUGGAAACGUUGCAAUGGGAGCAGUUCUCGAAUCAGUUAAACUAAUGAUUGAUGAAAGUAUCAAAUAUAUCGACAGAUGUUGUCAACAACAACAAUGGAGAUGA